AUGGAUAGCAGCAAUUCAUUACACGCGAUCGUCUGCCUCGCUCUGAUGACGAUAGCGGCAACAGCCGACGAUCAGGCGGCCGACAGGGAGGCGACGAUGCGCCACCUAUGUGCCAGCGUGAGAAACUCGCACAUGGUGCUCGACCCGUGGGACUGCGGUGCGUUCUACGCAUGUCUCGCUCACGGCACGAUGGCGCGAUACGUGUGUCCGCUGCAGCUUCUGUGGAACGACGAGGUGAAGGUGUGCGACUGGUCGUGGAACGUCGUCUGCGCGCCUGCGCCCGGUAAUUAUGCAGGAAAGCCGCUGCAGACGUAGUUAUAAAACAGCAACAGCAGCAGCAGC